CGUGGGCGGUACAGAGCUGAUCACAACAAGUCUCUAUGCAACUUCUGUAAUUUACUGAGACCAUGUGCACGGGCUGUAAGAGGAGCAGCUGCUGAAGUAUAGGCACAAGGCAACCAGCAACCCAAGUGAUGAAAGAACAAGCCCACAGCACGAGCACUGUAAGUUCAACUCCAAUUGUUUGAAAAUCAGAAAUUAAGUUCCAUGCCCUCUCGAAGAAACUAGCUGAAUGAUUCUGAGCCGCUGCUGAAGUGCAAGUUCAAUUACUACUUCUGAGUCAAUGCUUCUUAUUGAAAUGAAUAAUAAUAGUGAGUGCGUGGGUUUCUUGGCCUCGCAGCAGAGGAAUAUCAUUCUGAUGCAUUAUAACCACACUGGGAAGCUGGAGAACAGGCCUUUGCCCAGCGAGGGCUUGGGUGCAGUUAGAAUUAUCUUCAUGGUAAUCAGUUGCUUCAUCGUCAUAGAGAACCUGUUGGUAUUCAUGGCUAUCCUGAACAACACCCGCUUCCGGAGUUGGGUUUACUACUGUAUUGCCAACAUCACCCUCUGUGACCUACUGACUGGUAUUGUCUACAUUGUGAACAUAUGCCUGUCGGGUGAAAGGACCUUUCAAAUCACCCCCACCGUCUGGUUCAUUAGGGAGGGGGUGUUGUUUUUUGCCUUGGCUGCAUCAACAUUCAGCCUGCUCAUCACAGCGGUUGAGAGAUACGCGACCAUGGUCAGACCCUUACCUUAUGCCUCAGCACGUAAGACCUAUCGGGUGUAUGUCCUUAUUGCAUUGUGCUGGCUGGUGGCUUCCCUUAUCGGCCUCUUGCCGUUGCUGGGCUGGAACUGCAUUUGCAACUUUGAAGAGUGCUCCACUUUGCUACCUCUGUACUCCAAGAGCUACAUCCUCUUCUGUGUGGUGAUGUUCAGCAUCAUCAUCGUUGGAAUUGUGGCACUCUACAGUGGCAUCUAUCACCUUGUCAGGAACAGUGCCAAGUCUGUGUCCAAUAGUAAAAGCAGGCAAAAGUCUGUGAGGCUGCUCAAGACUGUUUUCAUGAUCGUCGCUGCCUUUGUGAUCUGCUGGAGCCCCCUCUUUGUGCUUCUCUUGCUGGAUAUCUUCUGCGAAACGCCAUCUUGCUCCAAGCUGCACAGUAUGGAAUGGACCAUUGCCCUGGCUGUGAUCAACUCGGCCAUAAACCCAGUCAUUUACUCCUUUGGAAGUAAGGAGGUGAGGCGGGCCAUUCUCAAACUCCUGUGCUGCUGCUUCAUCAAAGCAGGAGCUCCCUUGCCAUUCCUGAGUAGGAGCGAAUCUGCUGUUGGAGCUUCCACUGACAGCUCCUACAGACUGAGGGAGAGUUUCCGAAAUUCAAAACUGCUGAGCCCGAAGAAGACUCUGCCCAAGUCAGGGCAACUAUAAACCAUGGCUCAGGAGUUAGGAGCAGGUGGGAUAGCUUUGAGAGCUUCUCCAACUCUUGCUUGCGUCAAGAACAUUUUUAAAAAUUUAAAUUAGGAUUCCUUCUGGUGACAUUCUCGCAACCUGUUUGAAUUAGGUGAUCCCCAGCCUGGUGACAGUAGGUGUAGGCGUGGGUCACCUCUAAGUGUUCAAACUCCAAUCCAGAAAUGUGAGCACUUUUCCUCGGCGGAUGCUUCAUCACAGUACUGCAGGGGGCGCUGCGCUGUCAAUAAUGCUGUCUUACCAUGAGACAUUAAGAAUCAGUAGAAUGUAAAAGUAUCCAUCUACGUUUAAUCUGAUGGUGCUCCUAUGUAGCUUCUUGGGAGGUUUUACUAAUGUCACUGUGGUUGAACAACUUCCCCCCCAGUGAAGAAGGGCACAAUAAUUCUCCUGGAACCCAGACCAACAUAAUGGGUCAUGACUUUUCGACUAUUCUUGCUCUGUGUGAACUGGUUGCCAUGUUUGCUAACAUAACAACAGUGAAUAUACAAAGAAAAAUAAUUAAUUGCUUGACCACAGCGCUAUAUAAAUGAAAUUUUAAAAAUUUUUCUUACCUCACAAAGCUGUUAAAAAUUCAAUUCACUCUCAUCCCAGGUAGAUUCUCCAAAUGCUGCUUUGCAUUUCUUUAAGUUCAACUGAUAAAAAUCAUACAGCUGAUUUUAUCUGAUAGUUCAGAUCUUGGGUAGAUUGUUAACCAACUUUGUUUUUACAAACCAAUUUAAACCACACUAUGAGUCUUGCUCAAUUGGAAAAUUGCACUGGCUGGCUCCAGCAUAUGUAUCUUAAAAUAAAGCUGUGUAAGUGCUUGAGAUGAACACCAAUAGUAAACUAUUGCACAAUUGUGCUUUUAAGAAAGCUUUUCUGCAGGUUAAAACAAUUACACAUAUAACUAAAAGCAAAAUCUUUACACUUGGAGAAUGAGAGAUGGGCAAAUAUAGAUACAUCCAUAGUAACAUCAAACUGGAGGAGACCAUUUGGGGGUGGCACAGUGCCUCAGUGGUUAGCACUGCCAGAGACCUGGGUUGAAUUCCACCCUUGUGCAGCUCACGUGUUCUCCAAGCGGGUUUGCUCUGGUUUCCUCCCUCAGACCAAAGAAUUGCAGAUUAUAAGGAUUGGCCAUUGCUAAACUGCAGUGUCCAGGGAUGUGCAGACUAGAUGAGUUAGCUAUGGAGGCAUGCAGGAUUACAGGGAUGGGGUGGGUCUGGGCAGGAUGCUCUUUGGAGGACCAGUGUGGACCUGAUGGGCUGAGUGGCCUGCUUCGUCACUGUAGGGAUUCUAUGCUUCAGUCUGCAGGCCUAUUUUGCUGGUCAAUUAGGUCACAGCAGAUCUGUGCCUCAGUUCCACUUAUUUACCCCUGGCCAUGAUUUCCUGACACCCGAACCCAGUGAGGAGAUCUAUUGAACUCAGCCUUGCCAGGUGCACUUGUUCAACUGCCACCAUCAUGGCUAAUUCUGCAGGUGGGUGGCGCACAUUUGCUGUUGUCUCCGACAUUCCUUUACACAAAGCAUGUGGCCACCCAAUGGUUGGGCAGAAAUAUUUGAGAAACACUUUUAAAAUGAUAUGGGAUAAAUAGUUGAAACGUGGUAAACAAUGUGCGGGGAUGGGGGACUGGGGCUAAAUGGAUAGGUCAUUCAAAGUACCAGAUAUGAAACUGAAUGCCCUCCUACUGAAUUGUAAAGUUAGGGGAUUCUAAGGGCUGCCCCUUUACCACAGCAUCUCACAUAUUUUUGUCUGCUGAAGAGUCAACAAACUCAUUUAGCUGAUGGAAUGCUGUGACAGUUGCGGCACUGUAUCUUUUAAAACACGAGAUGUCACCACGGAAAGAUAUCAGUUAAACACUGGGAAGGGCAGGUGAGCCCACACAAAACGUAAAACAUACACAAAAUCAUUUAAGACCACAAUAUACUCUGCUAGUGUCUUGGUUAAUCCAAUCAAUAGCAUCAUGUCUCAACCUACUGCUGUAUUUUGGGGAAAACCAGACAUAAACCACAUGAGGAAUAGGAAAUGCUCAUAAAUAUAAUGAAAAGAGUUAGAGGCUGAUACGACGCUUAAAGAACAGCAUUCACGAGUAGAGCUGUCACUCUGCUGCGACUUCUACCUAAUUCUAUGAUAGUUACUCAUUGACUUAUCCUGCACCAGACAGUAUCAACACUCGAGGUUUGACUGAAUCUUUAUUAAUCAUAUGAAUGUUAAAAAUAUCAAUAAAAUGUAUAUUACUGCACAGUGGAAAAUGCAGAUAAGACGCAGCACAUCUACUAAACGUGAAUCAUUGAUGAAGGUUUUCCUGUCUUUAGUUGUACAUAUUCUGUCCAUUUACACAGCAGUACUUUGAUAUCAAGCUAAAUAAACACAGAUGCAUUUUAAAUCCAGCAAUUUCAAACCUUGUUUCCCCCCACUGUGGGUGAAUUCGAUGUUUAAUGAAUGCCGCAAGGUUAAGGUUCUGGAAUGCUGAACCUAAAGAUACUAGGAGUAACAUUCACCAGGUGGACUGCAGUGAAAAAAGUUCAUCCCUCAUCUUUUCCAGACAGGAAUGGACAACAAAACGCUGAACUUACCAACGGCUCCCUGUGAAUUAAUAUUUGUUUAAAAUUGUAACAUUUUUUGACAUUUGCAAAGUGAUCAGUUGCCUGAGAGCAACAAUAUUUUAAUAAACUAGUAAUUUUGCCUGCUUUGCCAUGUCUAUCUUACAGGGAAGGAUUAGCUGUUGUUUUGCAGGAGAAUACAAACGCUGUGCGGAAAAGCAAAACUUUCUUUAAUAUCAAGAUUCUUCCUGAAGUGCAGGAGUGGGCCUUUGUCUUAAAAUAUUAAGAGUGUGAUUUUUUUUUAAAUAGCUCAAGCUAAAGUAAUGGUGGAGUGCAUCACAGUAUUAAUGGAAGAAGUCAAAACAUUAAUGAAGCAUGUCAAGGUAUUAGCAAGAGUGAACCAAAGCAUCACUGGACUUCUGAGGAGGGGUCACCGGACCCGUCUGUUUUCUCCUCCACAGAUGCUGCCAGACCUGCUGAGCUUUUCCAGCAACUUUGUUUUUGUUCCUCACUGGACUAUGUUGCCUGUGCAGAAUGAAUUGACUGUACAAUAGAACGAUGAUAAUGUUUGCGUUUACUGCUUCAAACGUAAGCAAAAAUUUGUCAAUUAGGUUUCAAUCUGUGAAGAAAUAAUUUUGGAUGUAAUUAAAGGGCUGUUGUUGUCAGCAAUUUCCUCCUGUGUGAGUUAUCAAUCUUCCACUGCAGAUGAAACAGAUGUGCUUUGCGUGGUUUGAAAGAUGAAUUAGCAUUCACUGCGAUCUGACUGCAUAUUCAAAUUCUGUGAGGAUGGAAGUCAGUUAAAGCUAAACGUGCACAGAGCAGUUAAGGUAGCAACGAUCGGGAAGAGUGGGGGUGGGGGAGGUGCAUUUAUGUCAAAUCUUGUAGCUGUGAGGACAAGUGCUCCUGAGAUUUCUUCACUCAUCUAUGGCCUAUCGCAAGUCCAGCACAGGCCCAAUCUUUGGCCUUGAUUCACCAGCAACUCAACAUAAAUCAGACUCUAGGUUAAUCUCCAGGAGUCUUCUUUCUUUUUAUAUUCAUUUUGUUUGUUGGUUUUAAAGAGACUACACAGGCUUGGGAGAAAGUGUGUUUUUUUUUGACUGAGAGUCAAAGCAUCUAAAUAAUGAACAAUGAAUUUCUUUCACUGGAUGAUGACCAGUGCGACCAGGAUGAGCUUAAUCAAUGAUGGGAGUGUGCUACAGCGGAGGAGUAGGGACAGCACUUGGACAUCGGAAUGUUAUUAAAUAAAACGAAAGUUGGCCAUCCUAAGUUGUGGGCUCCUUAGGCCUCAGCAUUCAACAGUAAGGAUCUGCCUGAAUGUCUAGGCCUGGAGACAAAGGAAAUGCAAGAAUCCAUUCAGUCCCUUCUGCUGGUUCUGACAUAAUUCAGUGAGAUCAUGUAUCCUAAUACUGUGUACCCUGCCUAUUCCCGCUAUCUCCUUGGUUAAUAAAAAU